AUGUCUCAUCGAUUGUUUAAUUUCUCAGGAAAUGACGAUGAGUAUAUCAGGUUUCUCGAGGCUCAGCUGAUCACUGUGCAGCCAUUAUUCGGCGUUCCAGAACCUGGUGCUCUGGCACUUGAGCCCUCCCAGAAUGUAGGGGCCUCUACAGAUAGUUUUCGUUUUGUCGAAUGCAUGCCUCAGCUUGCUGGCCAUACACAACGUCCAGCGCCAGAUAAAGGAAGUGUUAAAUGGAAGAAACAACUUGCCAAGUUUGUUCACGCCAUUCCCAUUUCGGAAACCCAAUGGAACGAAGCCAGAAAGAGAGCAGGCAUCGAUACUGUUUUCAGAAACCAAGAGGCUCUGAAAUUGAUUCUGGGCUAUUCCGGACGUGUUGUAUUUCAUGAGAACCAGGACGAUAUUGUCAUACCUUCCUCGCUACCAACAAACUGCGAGCAUCUUAUCACGCGGGGCUGUCAAUAUGGUAGCUUCAUUACUCGCUGCGUGGACGAUCGGAACUUCGCAGUGCGUGUGGUUGCAUAUCAGAAUCUAAUUUUUUGCAGCUACUGUGUGGUCAUGAUGCGAGCUGGAGUUCCGAAGGCGAUGACGAAUGACCUGAUGAAGCGAUAUACCGGUCAGGAUCAAGAUGAUCAGAUACUGGAGAAGUAUCGCCAUGGCGCCUUGUGGGUCAAUCGAUGUGCGGCAGCGCUUCUGGAGAAUGGUUGGGGAUAUAAGAGCUGGGAAAUCUUUCUCCUGGAGAACCGGACACCGGCUCAAUUCGCGCGUUUCGCCGCUAAUGACGCAACGAGCUAUGAAGAAGUAGUACGACAUCUAGGAAAGGCAGACAUGCCACUUUGCGGAGAGGUCUGGAUAUCAUACUGCAUUCCCUCUAUUGUCCAUUAUCUCACAAGUGGUACGAUCCAGCUGGCAGAUAUAUGUGAAUAUCUCGGUUACAACUCACGUCACUUGUCCAUCAUAUCCUCCCACUUUAGGGCUCAAUCCGAUGCUAUCAUGUACUCGCUCACAGUACCGAAUCUUCUAGAGCAGGCGCCCUCCGGGGUCCAGCCUACAGAUGCUCCUGCUGACUUCCUGCAAGCAGAUGAUCUGCUGUAG